AUGGCCAGUAUGUGUGGACAGUGGCUGCUGACAAUAUUCCUGUCUGUGGAAGUUAUGUGCUACUCCGUUCAAUUUGGCAUAAUGCACUCCUUAUCGGUUCCUAUUUAUGAAAUUGAAAUAUAUUCCAAUAAAUGUGGUGAUAAUGUAGAUGUGGAGUACAAACAACAGGCUAACUCGGGUUUCCACAUAAACCUGAUUUUGGUCAUCGAUGAAAGUCAUAUUGAAUGGAAAGGCCAGGCAUCCAUUCUCACUGGUGGAAUCGGUUACAACUUUACCACCUUAAGAUUAAAAUAUAUGCAGCCAGAUGUAGCAAAAGUCAUAGUCCUUAUCUACGGGCUUCCCAGGUUGGGGCUUCAUGCACUUAUUAAUUCUAAGUCCUAA